AAAAUUUCAAUUUAAAGGUAUUUUUUACACUAAAAAAAAUAAUAUUUCUAAAACUUUAUUAAAUUUUUAAAUCAUUUUCCCUUCUCAUUUGCCUCAAACUUUAUCUCUCUAGAAAUCAUUCAUAUAUCUAUUUUCCCCUAAAUCUACUCUCUACGGACUACGAUUCCGUUUGAUUACCAUCUCAAUCUUCUCCGAUCAAUCCCCUGCGGCAAUGGCAAACGCGGCGUCUGGAAUGGCAGUGCAUAAUGAAUGCAAGCUGAAAUUCUUGGAGCUGAAAGCAAAAAGAAGCUUUCGAUUCAUUGUUUUCAAGAUUGAGGAAAAACAAAAACAAGUAAUUGUGGAAAAAGUUGGUGAUCCAACUCAAAGGCAUGAAGAUUUUGCUGCUUGCCUUCCUGAUUCCGAGUGUCGAUAUGCUGUUUUUGACUAUGACUUUGUCACUCAAGAGAAUUGCCAAAAAAGCAGGAUCUUUUUCAUUGCAUGGUCUCCCGAUACUGCGAGGGUGAGGAGCAAGAUGAUUUAUGCAAGCUCAAAGGACAGAUUCAAGAGGGAACUUGAUGGGAUUCAAGUGGAGCUUCAAGCAACUGAUCCAACAGAGAUGGAUCUUGAUGUGUUCAAAAGCCGAGCCAAUUAACAAUUAGAAAAAGUAAAAGACUUUGAUCGUUUAUUGGUUUAUUAGAGAAGAGAAGAGAUGUUAAUAUUUUGGUUGGGUUAUAAGGUGUUGUUAUGAUGGUUUGUUGUUAAAAAGUCUUAUUGAUGUUGAUUUUGGGUGAUAUUUUGUGAUGUGGAAAAUUUGCAAUAGAUUCAGAUGGAUGAC